UUUUUCACGGUCCCUACCUCCAUCCCCACAAGUACUAACAUUCCCAGCCCCUCCAUCAGUGCUAUAUCCACGUUCACCACUGUCACCCACACAGCCCACCCUCCUCUGAGCUGUGCCAAUGGAGGUUUGCUACAGAAUGGAUUCUGUGUCUGUCCCGUUGAAUGGACUGGAGGAAACUGCUCAAUAGAAAAUUUCUGCAUGGAAGAAACCAUUCAAGGGUUUAAUUUCCCAAGAACUACCAUCGGUUGGUUCAGUUAUUCUAAGCAGAAGUGUGGACCUAAUACAUCUAGUGUGAAUGUCCCCAGAGCUUCAGCAAGGUGUACCGGUCAAUAUGGGACUCCAAAGUUUGAUACCCCAAAUGUCUUACAGUGUGACAUAACUUUCAGCAACAUUCAAGGAAAUCUAUCCAGCAACACAUCUGAUUUGCUGCAGUUAGCGAGCAGUACUCAGAUUCUGACGUCAAAUCCAGAGACUUUAACAGCUGAUAAUGUUACCAAGGCGAUUGACAUCACCAACACCCUCCUUGAAAGGUCUUCAAAUAUCUCGGAGGCAGUUGCCGUGGCAGCAUUGACCAUUGUUAGUCAACUGCUGGAGGCUUCUGUACCGGACAGUGUGGCAGAGACGUCUUUAAAGCUAACAAGAAGUUUAGAGAAUAUCUCACAGGGGUCAGACGACACAUCUCUAGUGGUCCAGCCCAACCUCGCGGUCCAGUCUGUCGUACUAACCAGUAAUGACAUAGUCGGCGUCCAGUUCUCUGCACAAACAGGAUUAUAUGGUAGUUUUGCUGCUGAUAGAAUUAGACUAAAUGCCAACGCGUCUAAACUUGUGUCUGACGAUGGAGAGGCCACUGAUGUGCAGAUAUUCAUUAGAUUAUCACCAGGAGUGCUGCGUCGAAGUUCUGGCAUCUCUGUUGGAUUUGUGCUCUACCAGAACGACAGGUUCUUCAGGUCAAGGGAUUUCAGAGCCCACUUGGGCAGUCAUAGGAGUGUCAUCUCGGGAAAUGUGAAAGGAGCUGGAAGGAUGGGUGUUGACCAUGUGGAAAUGGUCUUCAGACCAGUUAAUGUCCCCAACACAACCUUCUAUGACUUUGCAUGCGUGUUCUGGAACUACACCCAAAAUGAAUGGAGCACGGAUGGGUGCUACAAAGUCAACGUUUCCCCUGAGGCCCUGCAUUGUUUUUGCAAUCAUACCACAAACUUUGCUGUGCUAAUGUCCUACAGGGUUGAUUAUGUCUACGCUGAAGCCCUGGACUGGAUCACCUAUCUGGGGUGUUCCAUGUCUGUUGUGGGCUUGGUUAUCGCAAUCAUUUUUCACGUCAUGACCAGGAAAUCCAGUAACAGCAGCCCAGCACUCCUGAUGGUGAGCCUCUGUGUCAGCCUCCUCAUCUUCACCCUCCUCUUCCUGCUGGGGAUCAACAACACCGACCCACAGUCCCAUGAACCUGAAGACAGGGACGCCAACGUCAUGCUUUCCUCUGACACGCACGUCGACCCAGACCACGGACCCUGCACUGCCAUGGCGGCCUUGCUGCAGUACUUCCUGACGGCCACCUUUGUCUGGAACUCUCUCUAUGCCUCUCACAUGUUCCUACUGCUCUGGAACCCCCUGAGGAGACCCCCAUCCUACCUUCCGACUGUCACCGUGGUCACUGGAUGGGGAGUUCCUGCUGUUCUCGUUUCCAUCACGUUGGGAGUCACCUACAGCGUGGACGAUCCAUUAAACUACCGACAGGAAGAAUUUUGCUGGCUUGCUGCUGUAAACCGAGAGGGGCAGUUUGACUUUGCAAAGCCAAUGUUCUGGGGGUUCCUCAUCCCGGUAGCUCUAAUGCUGAUCUUUAACACAGCUAUCCAAUGCUAUUUUAGCUACACAACAUGCAGAACAAACCCAAAUUUAACCAGCACCAGACGGUCCUCUAACAAGAAACAUUUUCUGAGUAGUUUCUCAUUGGCAGUGGUGUUGGGUCUCUCCUGGAUAAUAGGAUACCUGAUGCUCAUCAUACCAAACAAGAACGUGCACUUCAUCCUGAACAUCGUCUUCUGCCUGUGUACCACAACACAGGGACUGCAGAUCUUCAUACUGUUCGUAGCAAGAAAGUCCAUCUUCAGGCAAAAGAUGUUGGAUCUUCCAAUCGGCCGCCAUGUCAAAAGUUUCACUCUAUGGAAACACAAAGAUAGAAAUACCACUGAUUCAUACAUAGAACUGGAUACAUAAAGCUAUAGCCAGUCAAAACUGUCUGUUUCAGCAGAGACAGUAUUAGACUGCCAAUGAUAAGAAAUACCGCUAUACUUUCGAGUGAACUAUGAGUUCACGAAAUAAUUAUCUCUUUCCCCCAUCAUUACUGUUCCCCUGUUCUGCACCCAGAUAUGUAGUUUCUGGUGCCAUUUGUUCACUCACAUACUAUGUGUAUAUACAAUGCUCUAGUAUAUACUACACUAUACCACAUACUAUGUGUAUGUGAGUACAAAAAUAAUUGCCUGUGCAGUAUUGCUAUCUGUUUUGUUAGGUUAUAUGUUUUAAACCAAUUGUAUCAACUUUUAGUUUUUUUUCAUUGGGAACAAACUCGAACUGUUGCCUAAAUCAGGAGUCGAUGUGCAAUGCACAUAACGAUAGUUGCAGACUUUAAACUUCAAUGCAUUGAUUGAGCAAUGACGACGCACCCACUCAU